GAACCACAACGCACGUGUUGUAUUGAGAAAAAUAUAGUUUAAAUGUGUUUUACUAAUAUAUAAUUCAAAAUGAAACAUAAAAGGUUUGAGGAGAAUAUAUUAGUUGACGAGGCAUACACAAACUACGGAGUAGAGGAUAAAAAUGCCGACAAUAAGAAGGGAGCGGGCAUUGCGAAAAAUUUCGCUGAAACUCUCGAAUAUGGAGAGAAAAAGAAGUGGUAUCAGCAGAUGCCAGAGGAACCAGCUACAAUAACUAAGACUUUAAGCCAGGAUAAGAUAGAGGAGAUGAGGAAAGAGGCGAGCAGUGCGUUACAUGGCGACACUUUAGCAUAUGAAACUAAAUCAAGCAAGAAUGGUUCAUCCGAUCACCAGUGGGCCCGCACUUUAUUGAACAAAGGAGCCAUUGGAGACAGAGUGGCAGCAGCUACUAUUUUGAUACAGGACAACCCCAUUUACAACAUGACAGCAUUGAGGAACUUAGUCAACAAUGUGAAACCGGCCAAGAAGAAAGAUGGUCUUGUCAUUAUUGAUGCACUGUCCGAGCUCCUGAUCACAGACCUACUAAUCCCCGACGUGAAACUGCGCACAUUCGAGCAGCAUGCGUUAGGCCACGUUGAUGAAAUGACUUCGGGCAACAAGCAGGCUCGCCGGAACAUUCUCAAGCUGUGGUUCUAUGAGGAUCAGCUUAAAGAGCUGUAUGGAACAUAUGUGGAGGCCCUAAACAAGUUCGCUCACGACUCUGUGGACGCCAACAAAGAGAAAGCUGUCAGUUCCAUGUCGUAUUUGCUGAUGCAUCAUCCCGAGAGAGAAAAGAUGCUGCUAACGAGCAUCAUCAACAAACUGGGAGACCCGGCGCAGUCGGUAGCCUCGAAGGUGAUCUACCAUCUCUGCCAGUUGUUGUACAAUCAUCCCAACAUGAAAGCUGUCGUGUUGGCCGAUAUCGAGAAGAUGCUGUUCAGAACGAACAUUUCUCCGAGAGCGCAAUACUACGGCAUAUGUUUCCUGAAUCAGUUCUUCUUAGGCAAAGAUGAUGCCAGGAUAGCAGAGAACCUUAUCAGGAUAUACUUCUCGUUCUUCAAGGCUUCUAUCAAGAAGGGUGACAUCGAUUCCCGCCUAAUGUCGGCCAUAUUGACUGGCGUGAAGCGCGCCUACCCUUUCGCCGACAAGGCUAGAUUGGCCGAAACACCGGCACAUAUAGAUGCCAUACAUAAACUAGUGCAUUUGGCUACGGUCAACAUUGCUAUACAUGCCUUGGCGUUAUUGUUCCAUAUUAGUGAUGCUUCUAAGGGCACUUCUGAUAGAUACUACACAUCACUCUACCGCAAGCUAACCAGCCCGGACAUAUUCACAACCUCCCACUCGGCUUUACUCUUCUCGCUCGUAUACAAGUCGUUGAAGCAGGACAAAAACGUGCAGCGAGUGACGGCGAUUAUUAAGAGGUUGCUGCAGUUGUGUUGCCAAAUGUCGCCGGCUCAGGCUUGUGGUAUGCUGUUCCUUGUUUCACAAGUGCUGAAAGACGGAGCUAAGAAAGAAGCCGCCAGGCUGGUCUGGACUGAAAGAGAAAUCAAAGAGGAACCAAAAGAAGAACCCCAGGAGAUAAACGAUACAGAAGCAGAAGUUAACGAGACAGCAGACAGCGUGGAACAGACAGAAAAAGAAGAAGAAGAGAAGGUGGAACAGAAGAAGAUUGACCUACUGAAGGGGGAUAAGAAGGAUUUGCUUAUGGAUGACGAUGAAGAAACCUACGUAGACCUAAAAAUAGACGAGCAGGGAAACAUAAAGCCUAAGAAGCGUAAACCUACGGCCGCCGUCGCGGGCUGGUACCACGCUAGGGUCAAAAACGAGGAAGUGCGGGACCAAGAGGAAAAUCAGGACAAGGAGGCCGCUGCUAAAAUACAGUUGAAGAAGACUAUUAAUAGUGAGAAGGAAAUAACAGACUACAAUCCCUACGCCCGUAACCCGGCGUUCGCAGGCGCGGACCGCAGCGCGUAUUUCGAGCUGCUGCCGCUACAGAACCACUUCCAUCCCACUGUCAAACUGUUCGCCGACAAACUAAUACACGAACAAAUAAUCCAGUACAGCGGAGACCCGCUAAAGGACUUCUCGGGCAUCCGUUUCCUAGACCGCUUCGUGUUCAAAAACCCGAAGAAGAGAGAGGAAGAACGGAACGGAGACGUCAAGAAGGUCAAGGGGUCGCACCCCAAGUUCGCUGUUAGGAAGAAUUAUACUGCCAAAGGCUUGAAGAGUCUCCCAGUGAACUCAUCAUCGUACCUGAAUGAGGACGCCAAUAAAAUACCAGUGGACGAGAGAUUCCUCUAUGAUUUCCUCCAAAAACGCCGUGACGCAGACGAAUCAGAUUCUGAUAGUGAUGCGGAUUCCGUCACUAGCGAAGACUUCGAGAAGUAUCUAGACUCGGUCACAGGAACCCGAGCUACUGCCGAUUCCGACGAAGAGCUAGACUUCUUAGCAGACAUGGAGACCACAAAGCAAAAGCGACCAAAGAAGGGUGAAGAUGAUGAUCAGCUCGGCAGCGACGAUGAUGAUGAAGUAGAUGAGGUCCCGGAAGGCGGAGAUGAUAGCGGAGACAGUGAAGAUGGUGAGCUGAAUAUUUCUGGCGACGAGGAUGAACCGCAACUCUCAGGCGAAGAAGACGAAUUACUUUUGGAAGAAAGCGACGAAGAUGAUGAAAUUGGUGUACCUGGCGAAAAGUCUAAGAAGAGCAAAAUGAAACUGAACCUCAAAGGUAAAGACGACCUCGGUUCGCUCUUCGCAUCAGCGGAAGAGUUCUCCAGCCUUCUAGAAGAAACAGCUACGAACAAAAAACAGGGCUCCAGCCAAGCCGUAGCCAACACAGACAACUCCAGCAUGAAACAACUGGCCUGGGAGGACAAGCGAGAUCAAUGGAUGAAGGGUUACAACAGAAAAGUCCACGGCGCCAAGAACAAAAAGUUCAACAAGAACAAACAAAAUGGCCGCCCUAACAAAAUGACAGAUAAAAAAGGCGGGAAAAGGAAAGGUGACAACUUCGGCGGCGCCGGCGGCAAGAAAAAAAAAAUCAAAUGAUUUGAUUUGUAAUAAAAAAAACUGUCCGAUUUAUUCCCUGUUAGGAUUAUUUCAUAAGACUACAUAAAUGUCAGUUACAUUAAUAAAACAUGUUGUUAAUUGCC